UUCAUUCUUGAAAAAUAUUGUUCUUUUUGAUAGUCCAUAGCAUUUUUUUUUUGAAAAUUUCAGUAGAAGGGAAGGGGAAUGUAUUUUUAAUCGUCUGCUGAUGUUGUCAUUGCGGUCUUCUUGGUUGUCAGGAUGGUGAUGGGUUGGCGUCCUUUUGGUUCAAGGGAAUUCAGGUUGCUUUGGCCCUUGUAUGGAUUUCUUGUGGCGGAGAAGUGCGGAUUUCAAAGCAAGAUUCUGAUAUCAAAGGGACAUUUUUUUAUGUCAUUUCUUUUGGUAUGUGCUAAAUCUGUUGUUGAAUUCUUCUAUGGUCUCUUUUCAAUGAGGUUGGUUGUGAGAGGGCUGUAAGUUUGUGAAUUUUAAAUGGACUUGUCCUCUAACUGUAAGCAUUCGAGGUUAUUCGGCUGCCAUUUGACUUCUGUAACAUGCAAAUGUCUUGCUUUGGUCACUAUUGCUCUGUUUUUCAGAGUUAUAUUGCUUCAUUCAUUUUCUGCCAACAGUGCGAUUGAAUGGAACAAUCUGGAUUUUAUUCUAAGCCGUUCUUUGUUGUUGAAUUCUGAUGGUGGGAUUCGUGGAGAUAAGUUCUUGGAGGCUCCUCAAAUUGUGUGGGGACUAAACAAUCAGAAGAUAGCAUUUGCGAGAGCUUGUCUAACUGCUAGAAUGCUGAACCGAACUCUUUUGAUGCCAAGCUUAAGUGCUUCACUUUUCUACAAGGAAAUUGACCGCUUGCAGCCUAUUUCCUUUGAUAAAGUCUUCCAGUAUGAUAGGUUUAAUUCACUUUGUAAUGGGUUUGUGCGGUUGGGUCGGUACUCGGAUCUUAAGAAUCAAUCAGGAAUAUAUGAUCUCCAAAAGGGAAGUGGAAGAAAGUGGACUGUUGAGAGAGACCUGGAGCAGUUGAAGCGAAGUAGCGGAGGUUCAGCUGAUAAGUAUGAAGUGAUUAGAAUUGUUGGAAAGAAUCCGUUUCUAUGGCAUGAUCAUUGGCCUGUUAAAGACUAUGCAAGGGUCUUUGAGUGCUUAGCUUUGGUUGAUGAGAUAGCAAAAGAAGCAGAUAAAGUUGUGUCCAAGAUUAGGCAGGUAGGAAGAAAGCUUAGGAGCAAAACUGAGCCAGUAGAAAACAAUUUUGAUGCAGAGGGUUCUUCAUUGCCGCCAGCUCCUUACGUAGCAGUCCAUAUGAGGGUAGAGAUAGACUGGAUGAUUCACUGCAAGAAAUUAGAGCUAAGAUCAGGCAUAAGCCAAAUUUGUAGUAGCAAGCAAGAAAUUAUGGAAAGAGUGGGGAAAAUUGUCAGCUUUGAAUCUCCCACUGUUGUUUAUCUUGCUGUUGCUGAUAGCCUCCUCAAUGAUUCUUCAAUAUUGGGUCAUUGGAAGAAAGGAUUGCUUCCUUUUGAGAAGAAGAAAUUAGGGGUUGAUGGAAUCUACAAGAAGCAUCCAUAUCUCAUUCAGUCAGCAAUUGACUAUGAGGUGUGCUCAAGGGCUGAUAUAUUUGUAGGGAACAGUUUUUCCACUUUUUCUAGCCUCGUAGUUCUUGAGAGAACACAAAAGAUGAUCAGAAUGGGCACCACAAGCUCAUGUGGCAUUGAUGUUAGGUGGCCAUCUUAUGCAUACAAUAUACCAGAUGAAUCAAAUGGGCCUCAGAAAUGGAUGACUAAUAUGUCUGAUUCAAGUCUUAAAGCAAUUAGUUAUGGUUCUAAUGUCAUCUCAUGUUGAAGUUUAUCCCUGCACAAUUCCCCACUUGCUGAUGGUAUUAUCACCAUUCAGCAAUUUUUGAACCCAAUUGAUCCUGCUGGUUGAAUGGUUCUAAGGAUUUAUAGUGUAAAGAAAAGCAAUAGGAGAGAAUAUCGAGAUACAGUGGAAUACUGAAAUAGGUAUAGUUUCAUUUUUGUAAUUUUGGUGUUUCGCUCACUUCUCUUUGAUAUAUCACAUGUUCAUAGAGAACAUAUUCAUCUUGAAACCAUAGUCCAUAAAUUUGCUUAUUGUUUGUUUAUAUCCUCAUAAAAUUUUACUUUUUGGUUA